AUGGGCAGUGACCCGCGGAUUCUGGCAGGAGGCCAGCGCGGAACGGGUGUAAGGCGUCGCGACGGUGUGGACGGGGUAGAUUCGUCCGAUUCGGCAAGCGAGGCUGACGGCGCGGAAGAAGCAGACGGUGCGGAAGAAGCAGACUGCGCGGAAGAAGCAGACGGCGCGGAAGAAGCAGACGGCGCGGAAGAAGCAGACGGCGCGGAAGAAGCAGACGGCGCGGAAGGAGCGGACGGCGCGGAAGGAGCAGACGGCGCGGAAGAAGCAGGCGGCGCGGAAGAAGCAGACGGCGCGGAAGAAGCAGACGGCGCGGAAGAAGCGGACGGCGCGGAAGGAGCAGAGGGCGCGGGAGAAGCAGACGGCGCGGAAGAAGCAGACGGCGCCAUCCCGAUGUCGCGGGAUGGUGAGAGGGAGGAAGUGGCGGAAGAAGGGCGCGACGGAGAGAGCAAGGAUGCGGGAGGAAAUUGCUCGCCGGUAAGGAUGCGCGGAGGCGGCGCGAAGCAUCACGGGAACAUGACGACAGGUCGCUCGCCGGAAGACAUGCGCAGGGGAAGCGUGAGGCGCUGCGGGAGCACGGAUGCAAACCGAUUGGCAGACGAAGGGCGUGAGGAGGGCGCGAGGCACCGCGGGGGCGCGAAUGCAGACGGAUUGGCAGACGAAGGGCGCGGGGGCGCGGAUGCAGAUGGUACGGUGGACGAAAUAGGUGGAAACAGCGUGAGGCACUGCGGAGGCAAGGAUGCAGGUCGCUCGGCAGACGAAAUGCGAGGUGGCAGCGCAAGGCGCCGCGGGAGAACGGAUGCAGACAGCUCGCUAGAACGGAUCCGCGGGAGUGGCGGGAGGCGCCAAGGGAACAUGGCGGCAGAUCGUUCGCCAGAGGAGGUGCGCGAGGGAGAUGCGAGGCGCCGCGGAACCGCAGUGGCAGGUCGCUCGCCGGACGAUCUUCGGGAGGACAGCAGGAAAAACCAUGCGCCAACGGGACGGUACAGCUCGCCUGAGCUGCGAGGACGUGGGAGGAGACGCGUGGCGAUGGCCGCGUGGCGAUCGCCAGAGAGGAAGAACGGGGCAGACGAGCAGGUCCGGACGGGGAGCGAGGGGAUUGUGAGGAAAGAGAUGGGUGGUGCUCACCAGAGAGAGGAGGGGGGCGUGAGGAGGGACGCAUCAGGGAAGGUGCACGACGAGCGCUGGGCGCAACAAGGGCAGAAGAAAGGGGGAGAGGGAACCGAUGGCGGCGGGAAGAUGUGGAGCGAGAAAGGCGGUAUCAGGAGCACUCGCAUGAUGGGAAGGAAAGGCGGUGGGACGGAGCAGAGAAGCGGAGAGCGGCUUACGAGAGAGAGCGAGGAAGGAGUCCGAGCACAAGGGGCCCGAAGGGGCGAUGGCAAUCAGGAGGAGGAUCCGAAGGAGCCAGAGCGGCCAGAGAGGGGACAGAACGGGCGCUGUAUGGGGCAAGCUCGGGCAGCAGGGGAACAAGGAAAAGGGGUCGGGCCGAAGGGAGGGGCGUUGGAAAGAACAUUCCCCGGAGAAGAGGGAGAGACCAGGGUGGGGAUCGGAGAGAUAUGGGGAGGCUCAAGAGAGAGAGGGGGGAAGGAGCAUAGGUCCGACGUGGCGGAGAAGGCGGCAGCAGUCAUGGACAUGUGGCUGCGCAGUGGGGGCAGGGACAUACGAAGGGAGCUAGUGAGUAAGGUGGGGGCAUGGGCGUGUAUGUCAGUAACACCAGCAGCAGCGGAAGCAGAGGAGCAGGACGAGCAAGCGGGGGCAGGAGCGUGCGUACCAGCAGCAGCGGGAGCGGAGGAGCGGGAUGAGCAGGUGGGGUCAGAAGCGUACGUACCAGCAGCAGCGGGAGCGGAGGAGCGGGAUGAGCAGGUGGGGGCAGAAGCGUGCGCACCAGCAGCAGCAGGAGCGAAGGAGCGGGAUGAGCAGGUGGGGGCAGAAGCGUGCGUACCAGCAGCAGCAGGAGCAAAGGAGCGGGAUGAGCAGGUGGGGGCAGAAGCGUGCGUACCAGCAGCAGCAGGAGCGAAGGAGCGGGAUGAGCAGGUGGGGGCAGAAGCGUGCGUACCAGCAGCAGCAGGAGCAAAGGAGCGGGAUGAGCAGGUGGGGGCAGAAGCGUGCGUACCAGCAGCAGCAGGAGCAAAGGAGCGGGAUGAGCAGGUGGGGGCAGAAGCGUGCGCACCAGCAGCAGCAGGAGCAAAGGAGCGGGAUGAGCAGGUGGGGGCAGAAGCGUGCGUACCAGCAGCAGCAGGAGCAAAGGAGCGGGAUGAGCAGGUGGGGGGCAGAAGCGUGCGUGGGGGCAGAAGCGUGCGCACCAGCAGCAGCAGGAGCAAAGGAGCGGGAGCGUGCGUGCCAGCAGCAGCGGGAGCGGAGGAGCGGGACGAGCAGGUGGGGGCAGAAGCGUGUGCAUUAGCAGCGGCGGAAGCGGGAGGGAAGAAUGAGAAGGUGGGGGCAUGGUCGGGUGUACCAGUGGCAGCAGAAGCGGAAGGGAGGGAAGGGAAGGUGGGGGCACAGGCGGGCGUGACAGCAGUAGCGGAAGCGGAAAGCGGGGCAGUGAAGGUGGGGGCACAGGCGUGCAUGACAGCAGUAGCGGAAGUGGAAAGCGGGGCAGUGAAGGUGGGGGCACAGGCGGGCAUGACAGCAGUAGAGAAAGCGGAAAGCGGGGCAGUGAAGGUGGGGGCACAGGCGGGCAUGACAGCAGUAGCGGAAGCGGAAAGCGGGGCAGUGAAGGUGGGGGCACAGGCGUGCAUGACAGGAGUAGCAGAAGCGGAAAGCGGGGCAGUGAAGGUGGGGGCACAGGCGUGCAAACCAGAAGUAGCAGAAGCGGCAGGGAGGGAAGAGAAGGAGAGAGCACAGGCGUGCGCAGCAGCAGCAGCGGAAACGGAAGAGGAAAGGAAAGAAGAGAAGUUGGGGGGCACAGGCGUGUGCAGUAGCAGCAGCAGAAGAGGAAGGGAAAGAAGCGAGGUUGGGGGCACAGGCGUGUGCAGUAGCAGCAGCAGAAGAGGAAGGGAAAGACGAGAAGUUGGGGGGCACAGGCGUGUGUAG